CUCAUAUACGGCAGCGCGCAGAUUAAUCUUUUCUUUCCCUGGGAUAAGGUUAGAAUAUCGUUACUCGCUCCCGCGACCUUUGCGUCUGUGUUUUUCAAUUAUAAAAAUUUCUCUCCCCCCUUCCCGAUAAGUGUUUAAAUUAUCUCACAACGAUGUGUAAUCUAUUUAUUAGGUGUAUUUAAUACAAGAAAAAUUUUCUUCAAAGAAUAUCGAAUUUAAUUCUUUCAAUAUAUAUAUAUUCUGUAUUUUGAGGUUAGGAUUAAAGAUACAGGAAAAAAACACACACACACACACAAUGGACGAAAACGCUAGUGCCUCAAAUACGGAUGAAAUAAAGGAAACAUCAAAAAUGUCACAAUGCUAUGAGAAUUAUGUCCUCGUUGAUGUGGGCGCUAAUUUGACAAAUAAAAAAUAUAGUCGCGAUUUGGAUAGCGUUGUUCAAAGGGCAAAAGACGCGGGAGUACAAAAAAUAAUGGUCACGGGAGCGGGUAUUCGAUCAAGUAAAGAGGCAUUACGUUUAACGAGAAUUUAUCCAGGUACAUUGUAUUCAACGGCUGGUGUUCAUCCACACGAUGCAAAAUCAUGGGAAGAUCCCGAUACACUCGAUGAAUUGGAAACAAUUGCCGCAAAUCCCGAAUGUGUUGCAAUUGGCGAAUGUGGUUUGGAUUAUAAUCGUGAUUUUUCCGAACCCGAGGCACAACGUUCUGUUUUUCAUAAACAGGUGGAGCUCGCUUGUCGUUUAAAUAAACCAUUGAUAAUUCAUGAACGAGGUGCACAAUCGGAUGUGAUUGAAGUAUUAAAUCAAUAUAAAGAUCGAUUACCACCAAUUUUGGUGCAUUCAUUUAUUGGCACUGCCGAGGAGGCGCAAAUUUAUCUUGAUCAAGGUUAUUAUCUUGGUAUCACUGGUUAUUUAUGUAAAGACAAAUCAGAUAGUGGUGUACGACAAUUAUUGGAAGGUGGUCAAGCGCCAUUGGAUCGACUACUUGUUGAAACUGAUGCACCAUUUAUGUAUCCAAAUACAAGAGCAAGUAAAUUACCGCCACACGUUAAAGAUUCACUCACUGAACGUUCAUUAACAUUUUUACAAAGAUAUUGUACAUUUCAACGAAAUGAGCCAUGUGCACUACCAGCGGUUGUUGAAAUGGUCGCAGCAUUUAUGCGAAUAUCACCCGAAGAAGUUGCAUUGGCAACCGCCUUUAAUGCCUUAAAACUUUUUGGUUUAAAUCAAUGAUAAAUGCAUAUAUAUUUUUUUUUCUGCCAAAAAAAAAAAAAAAAAAUACAGGUGCUUUUUUUUGAGAAAUUUUAUUUUUCUCACGCAUAACAAAAAAAAAAAAUUCAUCCGGAAUGAAUUUUUGCAGCUAAUUUUCUAUUUUUUUCCCCCGCUUAUUUACUCUCGAGUUAUAAAGAUGGAAAAAAAAAAUUUUUUUAGUUUCUAGGAAAAAAAUUAAGAGCUUCAUGUAGUUUUAAAAUAAUUUUUUUUUCCCAAUGGGAAAUUGAUAUAUAUAUAUAUAUAAAUAUUAAAAAUGAAAAGAUUUUAAAAAUAAAUAUAUAUAUAUAUAUAUAUAUGUAAAAUAUAUAGAUAUUGAAAAAAAUUCAUAAAAAAAAUUCCAAUGGAAUUCUCUAUCUUAUGUUUUGUAUAAAAAAAAAUUUUUGAAUUUUAUGCAAAAUUAAUUAAAUUCAAAAUUUUUAUACAGGGUGUCUACUAGUCCUGGAAUUUGAAAAAAUUUCCUUGAAAGUCCUGGAAUUUUAAUUUUUGUCUUUGAAUUUUUUAUAUUUUGCUUUUAAAUUUUCAAAAAUUUCUAAUUUUCUCAAUCAAGUUAAAAAAAUUCAUUAAAUAAGUAAAAUGAAAAUUUACUUAAGUAAUUAAUUAAUUUUUUAAUAAUUUCUGAAAACAAUUUGUUAAACUAAAAAUUUUUUUAUUCCCUAAAGUCAUCCAAUUUAAUGUCCUGGAAAAAUAAGAAAUUUGUCCUAAAAAGUCCUGGAAAAGUUCUGGAAUUUUAAUUCCGAUUUUUAGUAGACACCGUUAUAGGAAUUCAUUUCAAAUUUGUUGACGAUUUUUUUGAUCUUGCCAAAAAAAAAAAAAAAUAAAUAAAUAAAAAAAAAUCAUUGCCAUUAAACGAAAAAAUAAAAUAAAAACGGUGCAUAAUAAUUUUUAGAAAAUAAAUAUAGAAUCAUAUCAUCUCGAUUUUUCACAAUCAAAAAAACAAAAAAAAAUGACUGUUUUUUUUCCAAUAAGCACAAAUGAGAUUCAAUAACACACUUUAGAAGAAAAAAAAAAAUGUGUUUUUAGAAUUUGUAAAUUAAAAAAAAAAAAUUAGUUUUUUUUUUUUAAAGAAAUGUUGAAAAAAAAAAUUUGCGAAAUUUUAAUGUAUUUUUUGGCAAAUUUUUGCGUUUUUUAAAUAUAUAUAUAUAUAUAAAAAAAAAUUAAUGUUUUAUAAACAGAAAAGACCAGUGAAUUUUAAAUUAUAAAAUAGAAUAUAUUUUUCCCUUUAUUUUCAUUUUUAAUAAAAAUUUUUUGUCCUUUUAAAAAUUUAUAUUUACAAUUUAUUUUUUUUUUAAAUAUACUUUUUUUAAAAAAUAAAAUCUCUGGUUUUUUUUCUGAAAAUUGGAACUUCUAUAUAUUAUUAUUAUUAUUAUUAUUAUUAUUAUUAUUAUUAUAGUUAUAUAGUACAAUUAAUCAAAUGUACGUUAUUGUUAUAAAAUAUUUUUCUAUCAAUAAAUUGUAUACAAGAAGAAAAAUUUUCUUUUAAUUUACCAAUAUGUUUAAAAGUUAUUUAUUUUUUUCCAAUUGGGGGAAAAAAAUUAAUGAAAAUUCUUUUAAAUUAUGACGAUUUAUUCAUUAAAAUUGUUAUCCUUUCUUUUCAAUAAUUAGAAUUUGAAAAUUUUACAAAAAUUUUUCCUUUCAACUUUUAUUUGAUUCUAUUUUUGAUUUUGAAACUUUUUAAAUUUCCCGCCGAAAUUGUUCUACUUUACCGACAGAACAUAGAUUGACGAUUCAAACAUCAACACUAGCGCCACAGUUGAACUAACUUAAGCGUGACUUGCUCUGUAGCACUUCAGGUGUUUUAAAUUAUUUUUUUUUUAUUUAACGCUUAAAAAUUAUUUUACAAACGCAAUAAAAAUAUCAGAAUAAUUAAAUAAUUUGAAAUAAAUUGUCAAAACAGAGACUGCUUUAGAGCGAGUCACGCUUACGUUAGUUCAACUGUGGCGCUAGUGUAGUUAUUUGAAUCGCCAAUUAAAAACUCUUUCUUUUUUUUUUUUUUUUUUCCUUUUUUUUGUAAAAAUAAAAAUUCCUUUUGUUUAAUCAAACUAUUAAUCGUCAAAAUAUAUCAAAAUUUAUUUUUUUUUUUGUAGGGAAUAAUUUUUUUUUUUUAAUUUGUCGGAUUUAAUAAAAUUAUUUGACAUUUUUCUCAUGUAAAAAUUUUUAGAAACAUUAAUUAUGACUAUUGUAAGUACGGAGGCAGUUUUAAAUUUUAUAAAAAUGCAUUCCGAUUCAACUGUAAGUACAAAAAAAAAAAAAAAAAAAAAAAAAAAAAUUUGUAUAUAUAAAACUCUGAGAAUUUGAUAAAUGAACACAAUGAAAAAAUAGAAUUUACAUAGUCCUAACGUUAACAGGAGGUUUUUUUUUGCAAUUUACAUUUAGUAUCGAAGUUUUUCUCGACAAUUUGUUUUCCUUUGUUUUUUUUCAUUUUUUUUUUUUUUUUUUUUUUUUUUUUUUUUUUUUUUACAA